AAAAGUUGCUUUGCUUUGUUCUUUCUUUUUCUGAAACAUCACUUUUUUUUUUGAAGUUUUUAAGAUUUGCAAACUUAAUUCCUUAGAAAAGAAUAUAUUCUUCUUCUGUAUAUAUAAAACGAUCAGCAAAAGGUUGUAUUGCUACUACACUUUCUAAUUUCUUGUUUGGUUUAUCAAUCAAAGCUUUUUAUAUAUAUGCCUAUCACUGCAGCUGGAAUCACUACGUUUUCACAGAGAUUACGACUAAUUAGGUCACAGAAAAUGAAACAAAUUAAAAGAAUGAUGAGCACGUUCUCAAGUUGGACCGAUAAGGAGGAAGAGGAGGAGGAGGAGAUAGAACAGAAGGGUGCGUGGUGGGUGCCACAUCCACGAACAGGAAUAUAUUUUCCAAAAGGGCAAGAAAGAGUGAUGGAUGACAUACCAAAUGGUGCAGCUUCUCUUCCUCAGACUUAUUGGCUAAGGAGUGAAGAUGGUGUUGACAAACCCGAACAGGAUUUCCACAUGGCUAAUUAUAGGCAACGUUAUUGAAACUAGCUAAUCUCUUGGUAGGGAGUGCUAUUUCUGAAUGAGCUCUUAGUCGACACAAAUUUAAAUUAGUUGGCCACUGAACAAUAGAUUAAGUAGAGGAAAUCUCUUUAGGUGUGGGAUCUUCCAAUAAUAACUAGUGCUCUUAUUGGUGUUAUAUACUAGUACUAGCACUAGCAUAUGGUAUAAUAAUACAAAUAAGACGUGUAGCAGAAUAAUGUAUUAUAACAAGAUUUCAGAAGUAAUCCAAUAUAUCCACGCAGGUUACUAAA